GUGUGCGCAUGUGCGUGUUGUUCAGCUCUGUUUAUGUUGGAGUGUGUGUGUUUGAGUGUGCUCCACCACCUCAACAUACUGCGCACUUUACGAACCGAGAGCGCGGACACCGAGAUGGCCGCAGCCGCUCCGAACCCGGAGGACGCCAGCCGAAACAGCAGCAGUCCAAGUACGCCGAGUGCUCUAAUGGGAGACGGAGAGUCCGAGGAGGCCGAGGAGUUCGCCUCCGCUACUCACUGCUCGGAGCUCUCCCGGCGGCAGAAUGAACAGCGGAAGCUCGGGCUCUUCUGUGAUGUGACACUUGCGUUCAGCAGUGCUCCGGGAGCAGCAAACAACUUCGAAUUCAACGCUCACCGCUCGGUCUUAGCAGCAGCCACAGAUUACUUCACCCCUCUACUCGGGGGACAGUUUUCGGAGUCGGUGACGCGACGGGUGGAGAUGAAGGAGUGGAGCAGCGAGGCAGGCCUCGAUCAGGAGACGGUGGAGAGCGUCAUACAGUUCAUGUACACGGGCGAGAUCCGAGUGAGCACCGCCAAUGUUCACGAAGUGUUGGAGCUCGCGGACAGGUUCUUGCUUGUGCAGUUAAAAGAUUUUUGUGGAGAAUUUCUGAAGAGAAAACUCAGCUUGGGCAACUGUGUGGCCAUCCAUAGCCUUGCACACAUGUACACUUUGGAUCAGCUGGCCUUGCGUGCUGCUGACAUGAUUCGCCGCAACUUCCACAAAGUCAUUCAAGAUGAGGAAUUUUAUACUCUUCCAUUUCACCUAGUCAGAGACUGGCUGUCUGAUGCAGAGAUUACUGUGGAUUCUGAGGAGGUUCUCUUUGAUGCUGUGGUCAAAUGGGUUCAGAAGAACUCAGAAGAACGUGUUAAGUAUUUUGAGGAGCUCUUUCGUCUCCUCAGGCUUCCACAGAUAAAGCCAACCUAUCUUACAAGAGUGGUAAAAAAUGAGCCUUUGGUUGCACAGAACGCAGCCUGUCUACAGCUUGUGUCUGAGGCUGUGGAAGGUCACGCAAUCCGCUUUGAGAACCUCAAAUCUGCAGAUACAGAAUUCUGGGCCUCAUAUAUGGCCACGUUCCAGCCUAGAUUUGGACAGAAUAUGGAUGUAAUCAUGGUAGUUGGUGGAGUCUCUGAAGGAGGCGACUAUCUGAGUGAAUGUGUAGGUUAUUUUGUGUACGAGGACCGCUGGGUCAAUUUGCCACACAUCCAUAACCAUCUGGAUGGUCAUGCUAUUGCAGCCACUGAUACACAUGUAUAUGUGGCCGGGUCUAUGGAACCAGGAUUUGCCAAGACAGUGGAACGCUACAAUCCAAAUCGGAACACCUGGGAACAAGUUAGCAACCUCACCACACGUAAACAUUCCUUUGGCCUCACUUGCAUCAAAAAUAUUCUCUAUAGUAUUGGCGGCCAUGGCAACUUUAGCCCAGGCUUCAAGGAUGUAAGUGUCUAUGAACCCGAUCAAGACAAGUGGCACAACCUAGAAUCUGCUCCUAAGAUUUUGAGAGAUGUCAAGGCUAUUAGUGUUGAAGACCGAUACGUUUAUGUCACAGCACGAACACCUGUAGAUACCGACAGUGAUGAUGGGUUGAAGACAGUCACAACGCGAUAUGAUACGGACAGUCGCCAGUGGCAAGAAGUUGACUCCUUGCCACUUAUUGAUAACUACUGCUUGUUCCAAAUGGCAGUAGCUUCGACUAAUUUCUACCAUACAGCAUCUUGCUGUCCCAAGAGUUACACCAAUGUACGUGAUGAUGUAGCUCGCCAGAAGAUUAGUGCUAGAAUCUCUGAUGAUAUUCUUGAGAGCCUUCCACCAGAGGUUACCAGUAUUGAAGGUGCUGCUAUCUGCUAUCUUGGUGAUGAUGUGUUUGUGAUUGGUGGCUGGAAGAACAGUGAUGAUGUGGAUAAGCAGUAUCGCAAGGAGGCAUAUCGUUAUUGUGCUGAGCGCAAGCGCUGGAUGCUUCUGCCACCUAUGCCUCAACCCCGCUGCCGUGCCACAGCAUGCCAUGUGCGCAUUCCAUACCGAUUUCUUUAUGGGUGUCAACGCUACCCAAUGCCACAGAAUUUGGCACGUCAGAGGGACCGUAUGCAGCAAAUGCAGCAGUUGCAUCGUCGCACAUUAACUCUACGCAGACAAUUACAAUCACAGAUUGAAUGCUGAAAGCUCAUUAGAAAAACUGAUAACACAGUCUCGUCGGCAUUUCCAUGAUCCCAUUCUUAUUUAAAUGUGCAUUAUUUGUUUACCUGAGACAUUUCAUCACUGGUAGAGUGAAUGAAGUGGUUAAAGCUGGUAAAGAGUAUUUUCAGUGUGACUGUUUGUAUAAUGGAACUAUAUAAAUAUGUAAAAAAAAAAAAAA